CGUAACUGUAGCAGUAUAAGCUAUUACAGUAUAUGCUUUUGAACAAGUUGAUAAAACAGAAGCUAACAAAGCUGUUUUUAACGAAAAUUUAACCAUCGUAAUGGAUCAUUCAGAAAUAGGAAUGACACCUGAGCAAAAGGAGGUUUUACGUAGGUGCCGUAUGGACAUCAUCCAUAAUCUAAACAUGUCUGACAUUAUCGACUACCUUCAAACUGAUGGUAUCAUAAGCCUAGCGAGAAAAGAAGAGAUUUUUGCAUGUACUACGAGUGAAAAACAGUGCAGUAAAUUUCUAGAUAUUCUUCCACGAACUGGCCCAAAAGCUUAUGCAUCUUUUGUGAAGGCACUGGAAUAUGACUAUGGGUUUAUCAAGGAGAAGAUUGAAGAAGAAGAGGCAAAAGUCAAAGCAGAAGUUGUAGCUGAGAAUGAUCAUGAUGCUUACAGUUUGGCAGGUCACGCAGUGAAGAGUCUUGUACAACAGAGUAAGCAUUGCAUCAUACCUGAAUCUGAUGGCCGACGGGAAUCAAUCUUCAAUCUUGAUUGGGAGAUUGAAGACACAUUUGCAGAUGAUCUAGGCUAUCAAAGCCCACUUGAUGUUCAGUCUCUCACAGCUGGUCACAAGAGAGGUAGCACCCUUCCCACAAUACCAGAGGUAUUAACCCCAGAUUUAGAAGAGAAUCAAGUAUAUUUGGUGAAGCAAGAUGUUUGUGCGAUUGCUCUUGAUCCAUAUGACAAAGCUGCUACAGAUCCAAAUGUUGAAGACACGGACGCAUCAGGAGAAGGAAUAGCCGAUGCUAGGCAAAGAAAGACAAGAUCAUUGUCUCUUGGAGGUGGUGUCAGAAACAUGGUUAGCUCAUUUGAAACACACAUUCAACAAGUAACUAAUCCUUCAAAUGCUGACAUAAAAACCAAACCGACACCAUAUGCUAAUGCUCACAAAAAGGAUACUGAAGAUGACAGCUUGAUGAGUGCUCUACAUACGAACACAGACAGUGGAAAAAUAAAUUUAAAUAGCAAUGAUUUAGUUCUUGUUCCAAGUUGCCAGAUUCCAGAUCCCCAAAAAACAUCAGAUAGUCAAAGGAGAGUGACUGUCUAUGAUAAAUAUGGCCGCAAAAUGUGCGUACCUUUUAGUGUCUUGAAGAAAUACGGAGACCCCCUAGGUGAGCCUUGGUUCUAUCCAAUAGCAAUAUCCUCCAAACAAGCUGCCUUGUUUCUCACAGAAACCAAACAAGAGGGCUGCUUUCUUGUGUACAAGUCAACAAAAUCCCCAGAUAAAAUCCUGUAUAAUGUCUCUGUUAGUAAGGACAAUGGAGAUUUGAAACACUAUCAAGUUAAACUAUAUGAUGAUGGCAAUCUGGGAAUUGUCAAUCACAACCGCACAUUUCUGACCAUUCAUGAUCUUGUGAGAUUCUUCAAGAAGAAUAAAAGCUCUUUGAUAACACGUCUGAGACGACCUCUCAGCCAAUCAAAUCAACCAUUCACACCUGGGCUACAUUUCGACCACAAAUGGGAGAUCUCUGAUGACAGUGUUUUGAAAGUGGAUGAGAAUUGCAUUCUGGGAAAGGGAUUUUUUGGUCUUGUUUUCGCUGGCCAUUACCAUGGUGACAGAGUAGCUGUGAAAUCUUUACACAAAAAUCACAGUUCUUUUACCCAACUAGAUGACUUCUUCAAUGAAGCAGAUAUAAUGAUGCAGAUCCCAAGCCAUGCCAAUAUAGUUGAAUUGAUUGGUGUUCGCUUCUCAAAACCAGCUUUCUACAUCAUAACCGCUUACAUUGAGAAAGGCAGUCUAAAGUCUUGUUUAAGAGACCAACAGAUUGAUACAGAGGAUUUAGAUCUUCUUUAUCAACUCUGUGGCCAGCUUGCCUCAGCUAUGUCACACCUAGAAAACCUUCGCUAUGUCAUACAUCGUGAUGUUGCUGCAAGAAAUUGUUUCAUAACAGCUGACAAUACCCUCAAAUUGGGUGAUUUUGGACUUGCACGAAGUGUCCUGGAUGAUAAUUAUGAAGCCCCAGAAGAAGAGAAAAUUGCUGUCAAGUGGGCUGCACCAGAAGUGCUGAGUAAUCAAAUAUACAGCACAAAGUCUGAUGUUUGGGCAACAGCAGUGACCUUUUGGGAGAUUUACAGUGGAGGGAAGACCCCUUAUGGAAAACAGUCCACACACACAACAGCAUGGCUUGUCAUGAAUGGGGAGAAACUUGGUAGUCCUUCUGAGAAGUGCCCAAGCUACAUCUAUAGCAUUAUGCUGGCCUGCUGGGCUACAGACCCCGACAAGAGACCAACGUUCAGUCGUCUGCUUCAACUAUUUGAGAAUAAAUCAGCCAUGUACUAUGGAGUCCGUUCUCUACAUGGUAGUAUUGUGUCCCUGUCUGGUUCAGGAAACCUACAUGUAAUAGACCAACGACACUCCAUUUUUAACCAGACAAAUCCUGGCAGCCAUGAAACAAUAGAGCAUAAGUCAAAUUAUGAAAUUCAAACCAUGAAAGAAAAAGAGGCAUUAAUCCCCAACAAUCUAAAUCCUGCAAAGCAAACUUCUGACGAGCAUAGUAAACCCACAGUUUGCCCCUCUGAUCUUGAAAAACAACUAAUAAUUGGGCAAGAACAAGUCGCUGGUUGCCAAUCAAAUCAUGAAAUUCAAGCUGUUAUAGAAAAAGAGGCAUUCAUCCCAACCAAUCUAAACCCUGGGAAAGAAGCUGCUGACAAUCAUAGUAAACCCACAGCUAGCCCCAUUGAUCUUGAAAAACAACCAACAACUGGACAAGAACAAGUCCCUGUUGGCCAAUCAAAUCAUGAAAUUCAAGCCAUGAUUGAAAAUGAGGAGUUAAUUCUCACCAAUCCAAACCCUGGGAAGGAAGCUUCUGAAGAGCAUAGUAAGGUUGCUGCUUGCCCAGCUGAUCUUAAAACACAACCAACGAUUGGACAAGAACAAGUUACUUUUAGCCAGUCAAGCCUUCAGAUGCAAACAAUAAUGGUUAAAGAGCAAUCCACACUUAGCCAAACAAGCCUUAAGAAGCAGUCUGCAGUUGGAAAAGAACAAGUCACUUUCAGCAAGUCAAAUCUUGGGAUUCAAACAAUCACAAAGAAAGAGCAAUCCAUGUUUAGCCAAACUAACCUUGAGCAGCAACACUCAAUUGAAUGCGACCAGUUAUCUCUUUUGCCAUUGAAAAUGGAGGAAGAUGCAUCUAGCCUAGGUCAAGCCACAAUAAGUAGCCAAUCAAUGAUUAAACAAGGACAAUCUGCCUCACGUGAAGUCGAUCAUUGCAACAAUCAAACAAUGGAAAAUGGGCAAUCUUCCCCAAGGCACACCAAUGCCGAUGACUAAUCAGAUUUACAUGGUGACGCAAAAAAUACAUACCACACACUAAUUUUUGAAUAACUUUCCCAAUGUUUAAGGAACCUACAUGAUUAUUUUGUGGAGAUAGUUUUCAAUGGAAAAAAUAUUGUUGUCCUUGGAGCACUGGUACUCACCUAGUUAUGCUGACGAUACAUCAGCGUAACAAGCUGGAAGAACUUCCGGGCUUUGUUUUCGGUAAGAUAUUUUUAUUUCUCGA